AGAUGAUAAAAACAGACUAACAAAUAAAAAAACUCAAAUAAAAUUGGAGACCGUUGUGUCCGUAUAUUGAACGAGGCAAAACCCCUUCCCACAUCAGUUUAAAAAAAAAACAAAACAACACCAUGAGUUACAUGUUGUCUACACUGUCAUCCAAAAAGGAAGUUGAUAAGGUUAUCAGAGAAACCGAAGAUGUAGUGCUGGUCUUAAGAUUUGGUCGGGAAACUGACACUAGUUGUCUUCAGAUUGAUAAUAUUGUAAGUUGAAAAACAAUUUUGAAGUUAGUCCUGGCUAUCGGCUAUAAAUAUAGUAAUAGUAUCAUAUAUGUAAGUCUAUUUAGUUAGUACUAUUACUUCGAGGGUAAUCCCUUAUUUUAAAAGUUAAGUAAUUUAUAAGAAUAAGACUAUUUGACUUAUGGUAUAAUUAUGAAAGAUAAUAAUAAGUUGCGACAAUGACAAAGUAAAGUGUCACAAAGUAUUAGAUUGGCAUUAGCCUAAUGCUUAGCUGAUGAUUAGCUUCACCAUUUACGCUGACAUUGGCAAUAAAUAAAUGAAAAAAACAUCCAAAUCCAAAUAGUAAUUACCGGGUACAAGUAAGUAGUCUACCACUUCAGACUCAGUGUUAAAUGGUUUUAUUUUUAUAUUUGCAGUUUGCACAUGGCAAACUCUUUAAAUGCUACUUUAAUCUAUCAUUUAAGAAUGAAAUGCUGUUCGUUGUUUUAUAUUUAAUUGCAUUGAGAAUGUCUCCUGAAAAUUUGGUAGUAUUAUCUUUUAAAAUAAAGACAAAGAAGUUGCGGGCAAAAUAAGACAGAAAUUUGGAAAGUCAGUUAUAAGUUUUCACAGUUAAAAUUUAACUUAAAUACAAAGAUAAAAAAGGGGAUUUAAAGAAUUCACAAAAAUCAUACUCCACUUCUAUAAAAGCUAGCUAGAAAGAUGAAAUUGGUGUUUUUAUAAAGCUUUUAGCUAGCACUUUAAAAUUAUGUAUCAUAUAUGGCAAAAGGACAAUAUUUUAAAAAAUCUGUUAAAGUACCUCAAAUGGAGUUUGAGUUUAUCAUAGUUUUCCCCCCACACCCAUGGUAAUAAUGAAGGGAAUAAUAAGUGAUAAAAGCGUGGCUGGUACAAACUGUCUAUUCCAUUUGCGCUUCACGGGUAUUCACAUAUUUUCUACAUUCUGUGUUACACAGACAUUUGUCUCAACAAAGUUUUGUUGAUGGACCACGGCCUAGUGUUCGUAGAUUCUGUGUCUUAUCUGAUUUAUGUUUUUAUAACCUGCCCAUCUGCCUAAGAUAAUACUGUGAACCUGGUACAAUAUAUAUAUCUCAAUGCAUUCCUGGAAAGGGAUCAUACGUUGGCCUUACACUUAAUAUGAAAACAGCACCAUCACCAACCUUCUUUCAAUGCCAGCAAAAACCCAGUGGCCCUCUCUCCAUGGUGGUAUUUUCGGUAAAAAAGCCCUUCAGUCUUCAUAAAAGAAAAACACAAUUUUUGAAUAGCCAAUACUGAAGUGUUAGGUUACCAAUAACUAAUUUAAAUAUCAAUUUUAGGUCAUCUCACUGCUUAUAAUAAAAAAUAUGUUUGCAUCUGAUUUGCAUAUACCAUAUUUAUUGGCGUGUAACAUGCACUUUUUAAAGAUAGGGGGAAAAUGAUGUGUGCGUGUUAUACGCCGAUGUAAUUUUAAGGACCCAUAGUGCAUAGCGGCGCGAAUGGUACGUGUUAUACGCCUGUGCGUGUUAUACACCAAUAAAUAUGGUAAUUUAACUAUAACUAACUUUUUUGACAAUUUCAUUCCCACUAAAAAACAACAUAAUUAAUAAUACAUUACAUUGGUAUGGGGCAAGUAACUUAACAGAAACUAUUCGCAAGGAUCAGAACAACCAACUGAGGACAAGUUGCUAUAGACAUUGAUUAUCCAUGAUCUUGAAAAAAAAUAGUGAACUCCAUUCAAACGAAAAGCGAGACUCUGUUCAAAGUAUCAACAUGCACUGAAAAACUUACACAUAUCACUAUUAAUCUCACAACACAACGGUCCUCUAACGCCUUGCUAAAGAUCAAUUAAAAAAACAAACAACAAAGCACAAAGACUUUCAGGACUGAAAAUAAUAUGUGCAAUGUAAUUAAAACAAAUUUCCAUUUAUUUGGAUCAAUUAAAAAAUGUUAUCUUAUCAUUUUUUAUAAUUUCUUAUUUUACAUUUCUUGGUGAGGAGAAAACCAUAGCAAGCUGGGUGACUUCCUAGAUUUGAUAAAUCCUAUAUCCAGCACUGGUUUACAAUUAAUUAAAUUUUCUUCAGUUUUUAAAUACUUUAGAGCCGGGGUGGGCAACUCUUGCCAACUGAAACUUGUGGUGAAUUUGGUUUUACCCAUAAGAACAUAAAAUGUAAAUAAUGUAUGUACAAAUAAAAAUUAUCCUUAAAAUAUUAAAGUUUAUAAAUAUUUCAUAGUAUAUAAUAUUAUGGAACCAGUAAAGCAAGCAAGCAGUUGAAUGUAUGUGCUUACUUUUAUGUUUUUUAGUUAAAAAACUGGUCUAUUUACAGAUAAUUUAAAAUUAAAUUUCCUGCCUACAUUUCUGUACAAAAUAAAGAAUUUAUUUUCAAUUUGCAUAAACUUGGCUUGGUUCAUUAGUCCUCUCUACAAUAAGAUUGAUCAAAAUACAGAUCUCGAAUUAUUGACAUGAAUUUAGAAGAUGAGUUGUGCUUUUAGUACAAGAAUUGAACUAAAAUUUUACAAGCUUGGUAAUGCAAAGGAAUAUGAAAUUUUACAUUGAAUUUUCCUUAUUUCUUCUAUUAAUUUCAAUUAAUCGUAGUUUUCAUGAUUUAUAUAUAUGUAGCGAAUUUUACUUUUCAUUCGCCAUAACUGUGCCAUUUUUUUGAGGCUUAACUUUUAUAGCUAUUUGAAGAAAAAAAAUUAACGGAUUUAUGAUUUAGCAUUCCAGACAUACUCAUCCCCAUCCUGACUGCCCAAUCUUACAUUAUGCCAUUAAAUAUAACAUUGUUAAACAAAUUUAAAUGUUAGAUUAAAUAUUUUAAACAUUUUUCAAACAAAGUAUCUGUAUACUUUCAGCUUUCGAAGACUGCAGACGAAUUAUCAAACAUGGCAGUCAUAUAUCUUGUAGACAUUGAUAAAGUUCCAAUCUACACUCAGUAUUUUGACAUCUCACUUAUUCCUUCAACUAUUUUCUUUUUUAAUGGUCAGCACAUAAAAGUGGAUUGGGGGUAAGCUAUUUCGACUUUUUGUUAAUUAAUACUUCUACUGGGCUUGUCAUAUGGACAAUAAUUCAUAUACUAGUAGUUCAGUGGUUUAUAUUGCAGCAAGCAGGGAAUUGUGCCCUCUGGUGUUUGGGUGUGGAAGGCUAAAUCUGCCUUGGUUGAUCCUUUCCUCCUGGUUAAGGUGUGAAAAUAACAGGGGGCUGUAGGAAGUGAAAUGAGUUUUCCAAUAUUCCAUGGCUAUAGUGUAGUUGAUCCUGUGUGCACAACACCAGGUGGAUAAUGGAGGAGAAAUAAAUGGUAAACCUGUGAUCCAUUUUGUGCACUUUCAACAGAUGAGAAGAACAGCUGCUUAACUUUUCCUUUUCCCCUUACAACUACAAAUGGAACUUCAUUCUGCAAAGGCAAAGGAAACUGAUGUGUGCUCAGCUUGACUGACCUUUCCUUUUUCCUAAGUUAGAUGUGAAAGAGCAGCCUUGUUUCCUUCAAGGUACCUUCAGUGGGCUAUAACAAGCUCUGUGAUGAGCCUCCUGGUAAAACCACUUUAUGGUUUCAGUACAAUGAAUGGAAUAUUGGCUGUUGUCCUAAUUUGAACAAAUUGCAGUAAAUCAAAUACCCGAAUUAUAGUUUAACUUUUCUAUUUACUUCCUAUGGAGUAAACCUUUAAAUCUAUUUUAAAAUUUAUUUACCGGGUAACCUUGUGUGAAGAUGACCUUUUUUGUAUUUGUAUUUGUUUUUCAGAAGUCCAGACCACACCAAAUUUGUUGGCAGCUUUAAGAAUAAGCAAGACUUUAUUGAUGUAGUAGAAGUGAUUUACAGAGGAGCAAUGAAGGGCAGAGUUAUGGUGAGCAGCCCUUUGGAGCCACAGGAUAUCCCAAAAUAUCAUUUAAUUUACAAAGACAUUUGAAACAGCACCAUUCACUUACCGAUAAUUCGUCAUUGUGAAGUAUGACAGAGAGUGAGAAAAGAACUGGAUUUGCAUCUUCUUAUUGAAAGAAAGGCGACCCAACAGUUUGUUCACUGAGAAACAAUAAAUAUUCCACUAGCAGCUGAUGAUUUAAACUUAAACUAAUUACGAUUUACAAAAGUGUUUCCCAACCGUUUCUAUACUCUGCACUCCCUAAGAAUUAUGUAACUAGUCUUGCAUCUCCUACAAAUUGUUUUACUCAUUCUCGCAUCCCUACAAAAGUGACAACACCUUUUAAAAUGAUGGACUUCUAAUUUACUUAUUGAAUUGCAAAGAGAACUGAAAAACUUUAAAAAAUAAAGUUGUGACUUAUACUUAUAAUAUAAAGGAAAAUAUUAAUGAAGAAAUUUCCUCCCCUGGGGCUCCGGUCGACAAGUCUGUGGUGGUUUGCCGAUUAGGAGGCGUCGGCCGCCGACCCCCAGGACGUUACCCAGGGAACAAGACCACUGUGGCGCGUCCUGCAUGGGCAGACAAGGGACGUGCUCGGUACCUGCCAUAAAUAAAACAGCACCUACAGGGCUGCCAGCUGUGACAAUUCACAAUUGGAAGUAAAGGCAAAAGCAGGGUAGGAAUCAUGAUUACAUGUUGCCGUUAACGGAUAUGAGGCAAAGGUGAUAACCCCUAGCCGAUGAUUCUUACUAUGCAGCCUUAUAAAGCUGCUUUAAUGCAACCGUUUUGUCCCAGCUACUUGGCAAAUUAGUUGCGUCGUGGAAACCCACUGUAGAAACCCUCUUAAAGGGCGUCCAACGCUUACCCGAAAUGGGUGGGGGAAGACAUUAGGACGUAAAUUUACCAUCCCAACUCCUAAGAAAGUGAAUCGUGUGCAUUGUUCGCAAACACAGUGUCGGACCGACCGGGUGUCUUUGGGUUGGGGCCGCCCCCAGCGGAACCCAAUAGGGCGCACUCGGAUGGGGGCUGUCCUGGCAAAGAGACAUCUCCAAUAGCUUGAGUGUAAUGGUACCCGGGUGCAAAUGGCAGCGCUGCGUGUCUGGGUCCAUUUUGACUCAGUGUUAUUCGGAUGUCAUGUGGUAGUUUAUUUUAGUUAACUGAAGAAUUAAGUUUACACAAACAUAUAGUCCAUUAAAUUCUCUUUCAUUUCAAUAAAGUUUUAAAUAGUAUUUUAAUCCCAACCUCUCACUUAUGGUACCAGGUGCAAAUAGCCACUUCGUUUUAAAAAAAAUAUGUCAGUAUGGUGGUGGUUGAGACCUGUUUAGGUGAAUGUAACUGGCAGUGUCAUUUAAAAAACAUUUAACUGGCAGUGUUCUAUAAGCCUCUGCAGUAGCUACAAGAAUG